AUGGUCGCCAGUGAUUGGUAUGGCAUAUUGGGUGUUAAAUCAACAGCAACAGAUGGUGAAAUUAAAAAAGCGUAUCGAAAAAAAGCUCUUCAAUAUCAUCCAGAUAAAAAUCCAUCAACAACAGCUGAAGAAACAUUUAAAGAAAUCAAUAAAGCCUAUGAAACAUUGAGCGAUGCAGAUAAACGUCGAAUGUAUGAUUUACAACAACAAAUACCUGUGACACCGACAACUAAAUCUAAUCCACAACCACAUAAACAAAAAACGUCAUUUCACGCACCCGGUCAACCACAUUUCACUUUUAGUGCAUCAGCAAAGAAUGAAGAUUCGACGUCAUCACGCUCAGCGCGUUUUCGUUUUCAUCGUAUGGGUCAAGACCCAUUUCACAAUUUUCAACAACGGCAUUCACAAUUUACUAAUACGUUUUUUGAUCCGUUUCGUCGAAAUUUUCGUUCGUCGGGUUCUUCGUUUUUUGAUACAACAAAUAGUCACAUUUCAUCAGAUAACGAUGAUGAUGAUGAUGAUGGUGAUGGUGAUGCUGGAAUUGGUGAUGACGAAGUCAAAAGUGAUCGUAAUAAUUCAACGUUAGGAUCAGAUGAUUUUGACUUUGAUUCAACACCGACAACACGUCGUUCUAGUCAAACACGCUUUUCAACAAAAACUCGUCCAAAAUGGAAUAAUAAUUGGCCAUUUGAAGCCGACGAUGAUAAUAAAUCAUCUACAUCAUCAGACUAUAAAUUUCCAUCUACAUUUCAACAACGUUCGAAUGCUGAUAAUCCAUUUAUGAUGUUUGAAAUGUUAACUCGUGUUGUUUUUGAUAAAUUUUUUACUGACGAUCCUUUUUGGCAUAAUAUUGAUUUAAACGAUCCAUUGAUUAACAAUAAUAGUUCUCAAGAUAUACAUUUUCCAAAUUUAAAUCAACGACAACCUCCACGUUCAACAUCAAGUCGUCUACGUAGUGCUUCACAACAAAGACCUCCAGUAUCAACUGCAACAAAUCGUACACGAAUACAUAUUAAUCAUGUUCCAACAUCAUCAUCUUCAUCUAAACAUGCUAAUGACAUGCAUUUUGAAUGGUUAGGACAUCAUGAAAGACAAAAACGAGCAACAUCUUCAUCUCGUUUUGAUUAUAAAGAUAGUGAUGAAGAAAACAUUGAGGAUAGUUAUGUUUAUCAACAAGCAAAACCAACAACAAUAAAUGCUCAUCGUUUCAGAAGACGUGCAACGAAUAAUAAUAAUAAUAAUAAUAGUAGUGAUUCAAAAAUUUUAACCUGUCAGUAUUGUUUUCAUCCAUUCACAUCAAUUGAAAAUCGUUUCCAACAUGAAGCUAUAUGUCGACAUCGUUCAAAUAGAUCAACAAAUUUUCGAAAUAGAACUCAAGCACCACCACCACCGCCGCCACCGCCACCGCCACCACCAACAACGACGAAUACAGCUGAAGAAAAAUUAUUUUCAUCUAAAUGUUCUUAUUGUCAUCAAGAUGUUCGUCUAACAGAUCGUCUUGAUCAUGAAGCACUUUGUAAACAAUUUGGAACAAAACGACAAACAACAAGCAAUACUAAGACGAAACGAUUCAAUAAUUCAACAUCGCAUAGUUUUAAUAAUGAUAGUCAAUCAACUCCAAAAUCAUCGUCCGAUAGUUUAUCAAGUGGAAUUGAACAAUUAAGAACAUGUGAUCGUUGUCAUCGAAUAUUUCCUGUUUUAUCCGAUUUAUUUAAUCACAUGUGUGAUGAUGACGAUGGUCUACUUCGUAAGACGUCCGCGUCCUCUUCCGAUAAACUUACCAGUGAUAAUUUAUUUAAUAAUAAUAAUAAUAAUAAUAAUAAUAAUAACAAUAACACUAAUAAUAAGGCAACAUUGAAUAGUAGCAUUUUAUUCGAUAAAAAGUUCGCAUCAAAUCAAGGAUCAUCAUCAAAGUCUUUCAAACUCAAUCGUCAUUCAUCAUUUAAUGAUUCUUCAGAACCUGCAUUGCGUUCGAAAAAAUCAUAUUCAAAAUUUUCACCACCAUCGUCACCAAUAUUAAAGCAACAUACGAAUCCAACACCCAUACAUGUAUCAGUAUUAAAUCGAUCAAAUAAUAAUAAAUUAUCAUCAGACACAAUGCACAUUCCUCUUUUUAAACGCCCGUUAUUACGAGCGGAUGCAAAUAAUAUCAGACGUAUUUCAUCAUCACCAUCCCCACGACCAUUAUUUAAUGAUAAGCAGCAAUCCUCCUCAAGUGCUUAUAUUUAUCUUCGAACUCCAUCAUCGCCAAUGCGUGUUAUCUCUUGA